AUGGCGUCGGAGAGAUUCAAGGGCAGACUUGUGCAUGUGGUCACGUCCACACAGGUAAUUGAUGGAACAGUAGCAGAUGUCGGAGAUGGCGUUUUGCAUCUGGUGAACGUGGUAUGCAACCAGGCCUUUGUUGACUCUCUGACCGUGCCGGCUAGUGAAAUCAACGAACUAGAGGUCCUGCCUAGAACCGGACCUACUGUGCCUGCUGUGCCUGCUGUGCAGGCUACCAAGCCGUCCGCGGCGCUGGCGCCCAGUGAGCCUCGACGUGCGAAGCCGCCAGCGCGCAAAGGUCAAUCUCUUCAUGCGCCCUUGGACCAGACCGUGACCAAAGAGUUUGAUUUUGCCGGAAACUUGGCUCUUUUCGAUAAAAAAAAGGUGUUUGACGAGAUCCGCCAGAACGACACCGUAGAUCAAAACCAACGCCUGGUUGCGCAUAACCGUGCAUCUAACAACUAUGCUCAUAAUGAGAUGGUUCUACAGCCGGAUAAACCAAAGACGGCUGCCAAAAAUGCGAGCGUGGACGGGCUGCUCUCCCCGUUCGGUCCUGUUCCUUUGGCAUCACCGCUGCAGCUUGUCCAGCUCGAGCAGCGGUUCUUGGAAGAGGGACGCUCCGCAGAUGCACUGGUUGAGCUCGCGGCGAGGGGAGUAUGUGAAGUGGCGAUCAAGGCAUUGGGCGUUUCGAGGUUCCAUCCAACAAACCAUAACUCUAUGCCUUUCGUGGUCGUGGUCGCCGGUCCGAAUCGCAGUGGGCUGAGAGCGUUGGCUGCUGGUAGACUCUUGGCUGCCAGACGAGUCCAGGUUCUUCUGUUGAUAGUCGGUACCCCUCCUGACUCGUGGAAGAAUCAGCUGAGAGCCUUCGCAGCGUCGGGAGCCAGCACGGUUGCGUCGAAAUCAGACCUCGAAAGGACUGUUAAAAAUAACCCUGCACCCCCCGAAUUAAUUAUAGACGGCUUGCAAGGUUUUGAGGUCUCGUUAGCUGACCUGUACGAUAGAGCUGAUCUGGAAUUGGCGCAGUGGGUGGUGGACUGGGCCAACGGACAGAGGGCACCAAUACUCGCCGUGGAUGUUCCCAGCGGCGAUAAGGUGCAAAUGGACGCCAGGUGGAUUGCCUGCUGCGGGUUCCCUGUGCACGCAGUAGCCUACACCUCUGCCAAAAAGUUCGUCGUGGACUUGGGGGUUGCCCCCGCAGCCUUGAAUGCAGCAGGCAUGCGGCGGUUCGAGAACGUCUGGUUCGGUGCACAAACAGUAAUGCCAGUCGACACCCCGUAA